AUGCUGCUGAGAAGCUCCUCGUCGCCCAUCUUGAACUCAGUGCGCCACAAGUCAACGGCAGGGUCGGGUUUGCCGCCGGAGCCCGACGCACUGCCCCAGCUGCCCAGGACCCGAUCUUUCUGCCUGACGAUGUCAUCUGAGGACGGCGCCGGGCGGAGCACUCCGACCCGGUUUUCGUUCGACUCUGAUCUCGGAGAUCCGCGUAGGCCCAAUAAGUGCCUGAGGCUGCCCACGACCCCCAGGCCCGCGAAAAUCAAGGAGAGAAGGGAACACGAUCUGGGGUCCGCAUUUUUAACGAGCUCGGGGCUGGGAUCGGCGGCGGAGGAGGAGUGUCUGGUGGCGUCGCCGGAGCCGCUGGUGGUGGGGGGAGGAGUCGGCGCCGGCGGGCGUGGGGGGAUGUGCGGUGGUGGUGGUGGUGGUGGUGGUGGACGGGGGUCUCGAUCGGGCCCGGAGCGUGGGCCCGAGGACACGGAUAUGUACUACGAGAUGAUGAUACAGGCUAAUCCCGGGAAUCCUCUUUUGCUUGCAAAUUAUGCUAAAUUCUUGAAAGAGGUUAAGGGAGAUUUUGCAAAGGCAGAGGAGUACUGUGGAAGGGCAAUUCUGGCGAACCCGAAUGAUGGGAGUAUGUUAUCACUCUAUGCUGAUCUAAUAUGGAAAACACAACAGGAUCCUGAAAGAGCUAAGCCUUAUUUUCAUCGAGCUGUUAAAGCCGACCCAAAUGACUGUUUUGUCGUGGCUUCGUAUGCUUUUUUCUUGUGGGCUACUGAGGAUGACGAGGAAGAGGAAGAGGAGGUAAAGACGCAGUACGGGACAGAGUCGAAUCAUACUAAUAAUUCACCUCCUAAGUUCUUCCAAGAAAAUGCUCACCGGCCUACUCUUGCUACAGCUUCGUAA